UAUACACCAUUACAUCAUAUCUCUUACUACAUUAGUUUUUUCCUAGUAAUGGCCAAUUACUUCCAAAACAUGAUCCCUGAGUUUCAUUUCCUGAUUCUUGCAGUACUACUUAUUAAUGUCUGCCUGGAAAUUCAAUUUACUCAAGGCAGGCAACUAAAACAACAUCAUGAUUUUGGUUCUGUCCAAAUAUUACAGUCGACAGAACCCCAUCAGGUUCAUGCAAGAAACCUGGAACAACAAUCUGCAGGGAGUCAGAAACACGAAAAGAUGAUAUUCCCAAGUGAAAGUCGUGAAUUCAGCAGAGGUUCGAAAGAGUUUGAGCCUGAAGCAACAGGAAACAGUCCUGGAAUUGGUCAUUCUCACGUUGGAGAAAAAGACAACACGGGUACAAUUAAGAUGCAAGAAUUCAGCACAACAUCAGUGGCAGCAGAUGGUCAUGUUAAGGAACCAGCAGGCCACAGUCCUGGUGUUGGACAUUCUGUUGGGAACUUGAAGAAAGUACCUAAUUAAUGCUUGUAUAUAUAUAUAUAUAUAUAUAUAUAUAGACAAGUAUGUGUGAAUAAUUAUGUAUAUCUAGAAAACCAUGUAAUAGUACGUACUUUAUAAUUUAAUUUCUUGCAAUAAUCAAUUUAUCUAUUUGUUUGUAAAAAUCUCGAUUUCUCCUGUCAGGAUUCUGUUAUUUGAGUUGAUGUUACGUAUGGGUC